AUGCGGAGGACACUGACAUGGGUGCGGCACCGAAGCGUGCAGCUCCCGAAGGCACACCAGACCGUGAAGCAGAGUACCCCGAUGAUGAUGCGCGAGGAAAUUAGCAAUGGGAUGGCUGAGAUUGAGGGACGGAUUCUUCAAAACAUGACGGUCACCAUGGACACUUUGAAGGCGGAACUUCGUGCUGAAGCCGCCGCCCGUGAGCAAUUGGAAGCACGCCUUGCCACUUUGGAGCAGCAGUACGCAAGUGGAGGGACACAUGUGCAUGAAGAUGAAGGAGUCGACAAGUCCAUUGCCGUGAUCGGAGGUUUUCGCGAUUGUCCAUGUCGCAAGGUCAGGUCCCGCUUGGGCUUGCACAUUUUGAAAGCAGUGCCCAUGCGCUUUGCAGCAGGCACCCCUGUGGGCAGCCGAAAACAAAGCCGUACAGAGAGGUACCGUUCCAAAGCAGCCAGCAAACUCAAAAAGUUCUUGAUUGAGAUUGGUGGACGUGCUCCCAAAGACGUGCUCGUGAACUACCAAUGUUUCAAAGUGGUGGUGCGCCACAAUUCGAAGUUAAUGCCCGUUGCUUUCAUUUCUUCCGAUUUGGAGGUAUCAUGGGUGAAUGCCGACAUCAUAGACGAUGGUGUGAAGGAAGCACUGGGUGAGUACAUCGCCGAUUUGGAAUAA